CCGUCCUCGCCCGACUACGGGAAAGCGGUCGGUUUCAUGGCAGCCGUGGGCGAGGCGGACGAGGUGUGCUCAGUGGCGACAGCAACGGGACUCGGACGGAGAAAAGCCCAAGGCAAGAUUCUAAAAUAAGUUAUUCCAAGAAGACAAGACAAUUAGGCUAAAUAUAGAGACUCAGCAUAGGAUCCCAGUUGCUGCUUACAAGCUCUACAUGCAAAUCUGGACGUUUUGAGGACAUCUUCAUCUAGCCCUUUGUCCUCUUUAUGAAAUGAUGAUGUGGAAGAUUACAGGGCAUCCUAUGCAAACCCAGGACACUUUAGUUGGAAGGAAACUCAGAUAAAGAAAAUUGCAUGUGUAGAAGCACUUACAUGCAUAUGUGGAUUUUUUUUGGAUCUUGACCUCUGCAAGUGUUUGAAAAAAAAUACUCAUGGUUUUGGUGAUCCUAAAAAAAAAUAAUCCCAAUUGUUGUUCUGAUAAAAUAUCAGUCUGGAAUGGGCACGCAUGCGACUCUUGAUUCAUCGAGGAAAAAAAGCUGCAAGUUGCAAGUUUUUUUUCCUUUCCGAUUUUGUUGCCAACAUUUAAUCUCUUCAUAAUGUUGCUUGCAGCUUAAUAGCUUCUUCACAUUGGCUUUGCUUCUGCCAUCGUUCUUGCGACUGCCUGCAAUUCACUCUUUAAUUAAAGUGCCAUUAGGAAAUAUUAAUUCAGAUGUUUUAAGGCUUCUUUCCACUGUUAAAGACAAAUUACGGAAGUGGCAUCAUACAUUUCUCAAGAAAUAAUCUGGUGCAUGUUUUGCUAGCAGAUUCUGCAGUCUGGACAAGAUAUAUUCCCAAGGUACAAAAGCGUCAUGUUGCAGCUGCUUCAAUACCUGAAUCUUAAAUUAUGUGCUAGAAAAUAAUUAAAGGUGGUCCUUAGCCUACUCUGUCUGUCUGAGAAUUCUAAUUGAGUUAUCUAUAUAACUUUUAACUUAAUCUAAUAAUCUAGUGAGCACAGAACUCUUACAACUUUCCAUCAGAUUUGUUGCAGAUUUGUUCUGCAUAAGUACAACGCUUGUAUUGUUUGGAAUUUAUUAACAGCAUAACAAGAUGGCCUUAUUUAUUUAUUUGUGAUUCUUAAUAUCAAAAACCUAAUAUAAGUAUCUUAUUAUUUGGGUAACUUUUCCACAAUGAAUAUUCUGAAAAAGAUGGUUUGGUUAUUGUAAACAACCUUUGGAAUAGAAAGCAAUCUAGAUAGCUUAGUUUCUAACUAGGUUAGUCCUUUCAGUUAUUAAAACUAAUUGUACCAGUCUAUGAUAUUCUUUUAGUCUGUGAAAACCUAUACAUGAAAUGGCAGUAUCUGGAAUUAAUAAAAACUGGUAUAUAAAUGUACUCUAGUUGCAACAUGGCACUUUAAUGCCUAAAUUUAAUGGUAGGCAAAUUUAAUAAUUGCUUGAAAACCAAGAAACAAUGACUGGCAUUGCCUGCAGAAAUACUGAUUUUAUGAUUCCACUUCAUCCUUAAAAAAAUAUCAAGAGUACAGGACACAUUGCUGGGUUGAUUUUGUUUUGGCUCUAGUUAAAAAUAAACUUAUGCAUCACAAAUCUUACUUCCUUCACUGCUUUCUCCAGGAUAAUCCUCGUAACAGCUGUUAAAGACGACAAAAGAUACAAUUUAAAUACUGAAAUAUAUUUUACUGAUCAAGUACAAUGGAUCCAUGUUCAAUUGGAAAUCAGCUGCAAGCUAGCAGUGAUUGUCAUAAAGCAUUCUUUACCUCUCAAACUGGCUUCAAGACUAAGCAAGAUUUAUCAGCAACUGAUCUGUUACUUCUUCAGCUUAGAACUGGGAUAACUCUUUCAGAGACUCAUACCAUCUGCUUCCACCAUGCUAAAGUUUACCUUGAUAGAUACGAAGACUUGCAAAAGUCAUGUUGCGAUCCUUUUAAUAUGCACAAAAAACUGUCAAGGAAAAACUUGCGUGCAAUUGACAUAGAUGAUGUAUCUUUUCUAAGUGCCAAGUUUGGACGUCAAUUUAUACCAGGCUGGAAGCUUUGCCCCAAAUGUACACAGAUAAUAAGUGGAAAUGCAGAGGUUGACUCUGAAGACCGUCAACGAAGGAGACUUGAUUCAGACGGACGAACAGCUAAGGCCUUGAAGUCCUUACAGUUUGCUAAUCCAGGACGGCAUACUGGAUUUGCUCCGGAAGCAAACAAAAGAGAAAAAAGAAAGCUACAAACAAAAAACACAUCCGUUAAUUCAGACAGGCAAUUAAUAGCAGCAAAGAGCAAGGUAUAUGACAGCCAAGGCUUUCUGCUUUAUAGUGGGAUAGACCUGUGUGACUGCCUUGAUGAAGACUGCCUUGGGUGUUUCUAUGCCUGCUCCAAGUGCGGCUCCCGCAAGUGUGGACCUGAAUGCCGUUGUGAUCGCAAGUGGCUAUACGAGCAAAUUGAGAUAGAAGGAGGAGAAAUUAUUCGUAAUAAGCAUGCGAUAUAGCCUGUGCUCCACAUUUCAUUACUGAGUCACAGGAAGGUUGUUCAUGUAAUAAAAUGUAAUCUGUUCAUAUUUCCAGUUAAGAUUCAGUGUUGUCCAAACAAGCAAUAAGUAAUGGGAAUUUAUAUCAUCUGACAGAAGAAAAAUUAGAAGGUUGUCUAAGCAUUUGUGGAUUAAUGGACAAGCUAAUAAGAAUUGUAUUUGCUAAUAUUCAUUGUGCGCUUCGUGCAGCAUAUUUUUCCUCCAGGUCAUUAUUGUUGCCCAUUAUAGGAGGUCUUUUAAGUAUUUUCUUUUUCUGGAAUACAGUUUCUCCUGCAGACACUUUAAGCACUAGCAGCAUAAGCAGUAUUAGUUGUGGAAAAUGGGUGAUUUGCGAAGGAUGUUGCACAAUAAACAGAAAUAUAUAUGUCAGACUUUCAAGAAGAUGGUAUGCCUUUAUUAAGCAGCAAUAUGAAAGUGAUUCACCUUUUUUUUGCGAACAGGCACCAUGUGAACAAGGAAUUAUGUCUUCAACAGUAUUUUACUGCCAGUGGAAAGAAAGUCACCAAAGUUACAGCCUCAGGCAAUAUUUUUAUUGUGAAUAUCUUGUUUUGAGACUUUAUAACUGAAUUCAUACCGUGGUUCCCCGAAAGUAAGGCCUAACCCAAAAAUAAGUCCUAGUUUUGGGGUGAGGCACACACCUAAAAAUCAGGUGGGAUGGGGGUGUGCAGCUGCCCCACGCGCCCUGCACCCACUUACUUUGCAGCCAGGCCUCUCCUCACUGGUCCACUUCUUCUGCAGCGUCUUCUACCCACUGCAGCCAAGAACUGAGCUAUGGAUUCAAUCCAUAGCUCAGUACUCGGCUGCAUAUGUCUUCCGGAAAGUCCUGACUGUAAUGUAGACUGGAAUGCAUCUGUAGAGUGAAGCUGCUCAUUCGGCUGCAGAAGAAGUGGACUGGCUGGGCGGAGCUGUUGGUGCCGGAGGUGAGUAUAAAAGACAUCCCCUGAAAAUAAGACCUGAUGCCUCUUUUGGAUGCAAAAUAAAAAUAAGACCCAGUCUUAUUUUGGGGAAACAUGGUAGAUGGAUGGAGAGUUUGUGGCUAAAAAGUGACACACUGACACCUUAGCUUUAAGAAAUACUCAAAAAUGUAUAUUUGAUGGAAUUAUACAAGCAUAGGUACGAUAAGACAUUUAUAGUCUUUCUACUGUAGCAGUUAAUAGGCAAUGUUCAUAGUCUACUCAGAUAAUUAGCCAUGUGCUCCAGGUAAAAUGCAUGUACACUUAGUCUGAUGCAUAUAGUGCAUAUUAUAGAAAUGUGAGGUUCAGAAUUUUGCAGAGAAAAUAUCAUUUGUACCAGAAAUUUUUUGAACGGUAUGCCAAGUAUCAUUUUUAUUUUUAAAAUAUGAAAAAGUUGUGAUUUCUUUAUCUGCAGACACUAAUAAAGAAUUGAUUUUCAUGAAAA